AUGAGGGCCGGACACGAUGGCACUAUCAAGAAAGCUUCUACACUUUUUGCUGACCAUGUUCAAUCGAAGCGACCUCUGCAUCCAGAUCUCCGUCUAUGCAUAUUCACCGCCGCUGUGCGUAACGGUGGAGAAACGGCGUUCAACCAACUCAUGCAGAUCUUUGAGACUGCAGGAUUCCCAGAAGUUGAGCGAAACUGCAUUAUAGCACUUUCACAGACACAAGAUCCCAACCUUCUACAGAGGCUGUUUAAAUACGCCAUUCAUGACGGAAAAGCUCGCGCACAAGAUCACAUGCUGUUCUUCUAUGGCGCAAGCACUAGUAAGACAGGUCAAGCAUUCCUUUGGCAGUAUUUCAAGGAGAAUAUGGCUUACCUUGUUGAGAAGUUCGGUGGAGUAGGAUCCGGUCUAUUCCAGAGGUGUUUGAAAUUGUCUAUUGAGCGGCAAUGCACUGAAGAGUUUGCUCAAGAAGCUACGGAGGCUGUUCGUCUGAACCAGAAGUUGUUGAAGUCGAAUUUGGAGGAUAUUCAACAGUUCCUCAGUAAAGAAGGACUAUAG